CUUUCUGGAGUUCGACUGUCCGUUUCGACUUGCGUCUUUAUCAAACGUCAGUUGAUGUUUUUCUUCAGUGUAUAAUUUUCAACAAUACACUGAUGAAUUAUCCGGAAGGAAUUUGUUUAAUGCAAGAGCUAGAAGUAGCCACCGUUGAAUUUAUGCACGUAGGAAAACAUCCUGCCCACCAGACGCGCGUUAUCCUACCCCCCACAACUUUUGCUAUUUUAUCUUUGGAAGGACCUGUUAAGACGCUGCCCCUCUCUGUCUCUAGUGCAGCUGUUAAUUAAGAGAUCUCAGCUGUGCAGCUCUUGCAAACUGAGUACCGGACCCUUCCUGUAAAGACUUGCAAGGUUGAUCCUCCCCCUUCUGCCGUCCUUCAGUUCUACAGAGUUGCUGUGUUACCGACAGGUCCAAGAUGGCGAAAGCUCAUGUAGGUUUGGGGAAGGUGAGUCUCUUCCGCCAGGAAUCGCCAGAAGGCCUCACCUAUCGCAUUCCAGCUCUGAUGUACCUGCCUUCUGAAUCCACUUUCCUGGCCUUCGCGGAGGAACGUUCUUCACCCAGCGACAACAACGCAAAAUCUCUGGUGAUGAGACGAGGGACAAAGGAAGGAGAGUCUGUCCAGUGGGGUCCUCAAGAGGCCAUGGCGACCGCCCUGCUUCCCGACCACCGCACCAUGAACCCUUGCCCGGUGUACGACAGAAAGAGCAGCCGGAUCUUCCUCUUCUUCAUCUGCGUCGAGACUCACGUCACGGAGCUCCACCAGAUCAAGUUGGGGAGGAACGCCGCCCGGCUCUGCUACGUCUCCAGCCAAGAUGGCGGCCGCAGCUGGAGCCAGUUGACCGAUUUGACCCAUGAGGUGAUCGGAGACGACUUGAAGAACUGGGCCACCUUUGCCGUCGGGCCCGGCCACGGGUUGCAGACGAGCUCCGGGCGCCUGGUGAUCCCUGCGUAUACUUACUACAUCCACAAGCGUAGCUGCGGCGUCCCCAUUUGCUGCUGCACUAAGCCUCAUUGUUUCGUUUUCUACAGCGACGACGGUGGAGGGAGCUGGGCCCAGGGCCAGUUGGCCACGGCCUUGCGGGCGGGAGAGUGCCAGGUGGCUGAGCUGACCCGCCAGGACGGUAGCCAGGUGUUAUAUUGCAACGCCCGCAGUCCCGAGAAAUACAGGGUCGAGGCCUUCAGCGCAGAUGAUGGGAACCGGUUUGAGGAGCCCUUGCUGUGUAAAGAGUUGCCGGAGACUGGGAAAGGUUGCCAAGGCAGUGUGGUGAGUUUCACACCAGUGCUGCGGCCUUCGGAUCCGGGGCCCUGGAAGAACGAGGAAGGCGGACCAGGUUGUCCGCUCGACGUUAGCCCCUCAGUGUCCCUCGUGACUCCCAAGCAGUGGUUGCUUUACUCCCACCCCACAGGCCGACGCAAGCGAGUCGACCUGGGCAUCUACCUCAACACGUCCCCGCUGGCGAAGGGCGGCUGGAUGGACCCCUGGGUGCUGUACGAAGGGCCCAGCGGCUACUCGGACCUGGCCGUGUGCGAGGAGGGCCAGGUGCCGCCGCUCUUCGGCUGCUUGUUUGAGAGCGGAGUGUCCAGUGAGCUGGAGGAAAUCGCUUUCCAGCUCUUCAGUAGUACUGAGCUCCUGAGGAGCGUGAGGGAAGGCUGACCGCACGCCGAUUCUCCCUCAGAGGCGUGGCUGCCCUAAACUGGUCCUAUCGAGGAUAUUUAGCACCCGAGGGCAGGAAACGAGAACCUCUUUAUCAUCUUUCUUCUCCUGCCAAUCUUGGCUCAGCCGUUGGCUUGGAGCUAGGGGUUGUGUGCUAGAG